CCUCUGGAGAGUCUGCGGGCACAGUCCCGUCUGAAUGAAGGUAAUACAGACACACUUACAGAGAGAGCAGGCGGAGGACAGACUCAUCCUGGCUGACAGAGAGCGAUCUGUGAAGAACAAACAAUCCUGAACGCUAGGAACAGCUCGUGUUUAGAGGUUUCUCGGGACAACCAGACCUUGGCGAACAGGAGUUACUGCUUUGAACUACAGAAGGUGUGAGGAAGAACAAGCUGGGAGAUAAGCAAACAGUGGAUACAAAGAGAAGAUCCUCGUCUACUACUAGAACAACUUCUACCAGAACAACUUCUUGCAGAGUGUGAAACGCCAAAAUCAACCAGGACUAGGUUUGUACUUCUCUUUUAAUUCUACCAAACUCUCUUAUGUUAGCUGCCAAGACAACUAGAUCAAGGAAUCUCCUUUAAGAGCCAUUCAGAGCAAACAAGACAGAGGCAGGGAGGGAGUAAAAAGAAGAAGAGAAGAGGAAGGGUGGGUGGAGAGCCGGAGAGGAUUGGCGCUCGAGUGUGAGUGAGAGAGAUCCCUCAGAACCUAGCGAGCGUCUCCUCUAACCAUUGGCACAUUUCAAAGCCUCGCACCUCGCACGGAAGAAUCUGACAGAACGCGGUUAGCAUCUGAGACUUGCAAUCGCGCAGACGGUUGAACAAAUGGGCUUUUAUCUGAGGAGCAAUAGUUCAGAAGGACUCGUCUGAGGCGACUAUUAUUGAGGAUGAUUUUUUGAGAGACCUGCUGGUUAAGAGAGAUCUAAAUAGUGACUUGAGAUCUUACAACAGUCCAGAAAGCCAAAAAGGAGAGGGGAAUUCACAAUGGAUGGAUUCCCUUGGAUUUUUUGGCAGUGCUGAUCUGUUCUUUACUUUGUUGGUGCAUUCGGAUCUAAGAGAUUCUGCCUUAAGGAGAAACAAGCUUGUAAGGAGUUCUGCAAAGGAUCAGUUCCACGCUGGACCACCCAAACUAUCUACAGGAGGUCUGGAGAGCAUGGGGAAAUCAAACAGCAAGCUCAAACCAGAGGUGGUGGAGGAACUAACCAGGAAGACCUACUUUACAGAGAAAGAAGUUCAGCAAUGGUACAAGGGCUUCAUAAAAGAUUGCCCGAGUGGUCAGCUUGAUGCAUCAGGUUUCCAGAAGAUCUACAAACAGUUCUUCCCCUUCGGCGACCCCACCAAGUUUGCCUCAUUCGUCUUCAAUGUUUUUGACGAGAAUAAGGAUGGACGGAUUGAGUUCUCAGAGUUUAUUCAGGCCCUGUCUGUGACCUCACGUGGGACCUUGGAUGAAAAGCUCCGCUGGGCCUUCAAGCUUUAUGAUCUUGAUAACGAUGGCUAUAUCACACGUGAUGAAAUGCUCAAUAUCGUAGAUGCCAUCUAUCAGAUGGUGGGAAACACAGUGGACCUUCCAGAAGAAGAAAACACGCCGGAGAAGAGAGUGGACCGCAUUUUUGCCGUGAUGGAUAAGGUACGGAAUGCUGAUGGGAAGCUGACCCUGCAGGAGUUCCAGGAGGGAUCAAAGGCAGACCCCUCUAUUGUACAAGCUCUGUCACUCUACGAUGGCCUUGUAUAGUAGCAGUAUAUGUCUUAAAGAUACAGGUACAACAAAGGAUCCAGUGUGGUGCCAUCCCACAAUGCCAUUCAAGGAGAUGAGUCUGCCAUUCUGGACACUUAAGACUGAGACGUCUAACCAUAAGCACAUCACAUUUUAGCAUACAACAAUGACAGAAAAGAAGAACCUGUCAUCCUCAAACUGUGUGUAUGUGUGUGUGUGUGUGUUUAUGUGUGUGAAUGCUAUAAUUCAGGAUCCCAUGGAAUUGCUUGUUUGCUGCUGAACAAACGCACUGGAGAUGUAUGGAUGGUACUGAAUGUUAAAGUAAAGCAUACUGACAAACCUAAAAUAUAGAUGUAAAUAUG